GCGCGUGCAGGGCGGCAGAAGCCUGGGGUUGCUGGAGAAGAUGGCGGUCUCCACAGGAGUUAAAGUUCCACGUAAUUUUCGCUUGUUAGAAGAACUUGAAGAAGGCCAAAAAGGAGUAGGAGAUGGUACAGUUAGCUGGGGACUUGAAGACGAUGAAGAUAUGACACUUACAAGGUGGACAGGCAUGAUUAUUGGGCCACCAAGGACAAACUAUGAAAACAGAAUAUACAGUCUGAAAGUAGAGUGUGGACCUAAAUACCCAGAAGCACCUCCAACAGUUAGAUUUGUAACAAAAAUUAAUAUGAAUGGGAUAAAUAAUUCCAAUGGAAUGGUGGAUGCGCGGAGCAUACCAGUGUUAGCAAAAUGGCAAAAUUCUUAUAGCAUUAAAGUUGUACUUCAAGAGCUAAGGCGUCUAAUGAUGUCCAAAGAAAACAUGAAGCUUCCACAACCUCCAGAAGGACAAACAUACAGCAAUUAAUUUUAACAAAUCUCAAACUUAUCUAAACCAACAACCUUCUACUCAUGUUAAUGUCUUGAUUAAAUCUCACAAUGCAGAACCCACACAUUAAAAGAAUUCCAGCUGGUAUACAUGACCUGGACAUUUGUAAGAAUAUAUUUAAUAUAUGUACACCCAUUAUGUUUUCAGGCACAAUGGGAAGAAAAAUGCAGCACAAUUUUUUUUUUCCUCUUAUCAAGGCACUAUCAUUUAAGCAUAAACCUGGAGUACUCCAAAUGGAAUUCAGGUUUUACAAGAUGAAAGCAUGGCAAGAAGUAUCAGAUUGCUGUGGAGUAAUGUAUGUUUCAGAAAUCUUAAUUUCUCAAGAAGGAAAAUUAUAAAUGGCAUGCUUGGUCCAUCUUGCUUAGUGAAAGAGCUGCAAUGUAAAUUGUUUAAAGUAGCAGGUACAAUAAAUACUGUUGCUAA